AUGAACUCUAUAAUCACUGCACCCUCAAGAGAUACAAUAUUCAUUAUUCUUAGGAAACAGAAGCUCAUCUUCCUGCACUGGUACCACCACAUUACGGUGCUGCUUUAUUCUUGGUACUCUUACAAGGACAUGGUGGCUGGCGGUGGCUGGUUUAUGACCAUGAACUAUGGAGUGCACGCUGUUAUGUACUCUUACUACGCCUUGCGGGCUGCUGGCUUCCGAGUCUCACGCAAGUUUGCCAUGUUCAUCACCUUAUCACAGAUCACUCAGAUGUUGAUUGGUUGUGUAGUUAAUUACCUGGUCUUCUCCUGGAUGCAACAGGGGCAGUGCCACUCCCAUGUUCAGAACAUCAUCUGGUCUUCUCUCAUGUACCUCAGCUAUUUCGUGUUAUUCUGCCAUUUCUUCUUUGAGGCCUACAUCGGCAAAACCAGAAAAGCAAGGAAGGCUGAUUAGUGGUAUAAAACAAGACAGAAGCCAUAGCUCAGGGUCAUCAAGAAAAACAAAAGAAAAACAAACAAAACAAAAUGGCACAAGGAAACAUGAAUGGUGCAGCUAAACCUCGGCAGCUUAGGGACAGCUAGGUUGGUUUAAACCAGUAAGUUUAUGAUCCUAUCACGGUGAGGACUCACUGAAUUCUACUCCAUCUCUGAUGACUGCUGAGGAAAGACAUCUUCCUUCUUGUACCUGUCAGCUCUGAAAAAGGAAGGAAAAUAACAUUUUGCAGGGGAGAAAUAAGCCUUGUGCUUCCCCAAAGAUGGAAGAAAGACCUUUAUAAAAAAAUUAUUUCUAUAUCCUUUCUAAUCUUUUUUUCUGCAUUCAAUUUGAACAAAACAAAGCAGAGAGCAGACAAACUAUUUGUGUCUAUGAUACCAGUACAGUUACAAAAUUAAAAACUUUAUCCUAAAGGGUUGACCUGUUUAGCCCAAAUGUGAAAAACGAAUGGUUAUCUUGAAUGUUUGUUAUGGAAAGUCAUUGAACUAGUGAAUGGAGUUGAUAAAAGAUUGAUUUCUCCACUCUGUGAUAUGCUGUGCAUGCAGAUUUGGGAUGCAACAUCUAUGCUUUCAGCAGGCAGAGAGGAGCAGUAAUUUUUCAAGAUUUAAAUUUGAUGAGAUACAUAUCAUAUCUCAGAGAGUGCUUUUUCCAAGUGCAUUUUCCAAUCAAAGUCAAGGAAUUUCUGCAGCAGAAUAAGGCAGAGGGUUAAAUCAAUCUCUGUUACAUUGCCUGGAGCUAACAACAGAGUAAUGGGUGUGGAGGAUGAGAACCCCCUAAUAUUUUUUAACAAUUAUCUGUGAGUCUCAAAUUAAUCAGCAGUAUUACAGCAGCUGAAGUAAAUGAAAGUGGGGAAGAAUCAAAAGAAAAUUUAGACAGCUAGAGACAGACACUCUAUCUACAGAAUAGGGCCCUGUGGUACAGCACAUAUUUUAUAUUUUUGUGAACUUAAGAAAAAGAUAUCUGCAACCGUAAUAGCAUUCGGCAGGACUGUAUGUGACAUUGGCUAACACUGUGUUUCUGCAUUUGCUUCAUGAGCAGUGCAAAGAAGUUUAAAGUGCCCUCCUCUGGUCAUGUGGAGAUACUACAACAAAACUUACUUGGAAUAGUUUUUCUUGAGACUUCUAUAGAAAUAUUAUUCUAAUGAAAUCAUUUUGCUGCAACAGCUUAACUAUAAUGUCCAGGGAGAAUUAUCCUUAAUUGAGAACAAUCUGCUUUGUAGCAUCCUACUGACCACUUAAGAAGACAUCCUGUUCUCAAGUCAGCUACAGAUAGGAGAAAAGAUAUUUCACUCUGCACCUGAAAGGCAGUUAGUUGAUAAGAGCCAUAUUCUUUCAAAGAAAAGUAGAUUGCGUUAUCUGUAAUUUUUCAGUCCUUACAAAGCCAAAUAAAAUAUGUACAAGUUCCUAGUAUUUAAAAAAAGCAAGUAUGUAAACUUGAUGUUAAAUGUGUUAAUGUAGUAUUCUAAAUUGUAAUCAGUUUGGUAGUUGAACUAAACAAUUAGAAGAACUAGAUGAACAGAAUAUGUUCUGCAUAGAAUAUACACAACUAGACCCAUACACACAUUAUGUGACUUGUCAACAAGAAGAAAGUCCAGUGGAAGAGAAUCACAUUUUCUGGCUAAUGCAAAAGAUUGUCAUUAUCUUUUUUGCUUUAAUUUGAGAUUG